CCUGUCAAAUUUGACAGCUAGCUCUCUAAUUGGGAUUUAAUUAUUAAAAUGCUUUGCAGCGCCUGUUUUUAUGGCACGACGAAUGGAUUCUUACAUUGCUGCACGUGUGACCCUAACUUUACUCAAUAUAGUUUAGUGUCAAAAUAAUCCAGCGUAUCCGUGUGUUAAAUAAACUGGUAACAUCAGAGCCAUUCAAUGUACAUGUACAUGUCUCUAUUUACGUGCAGAUACUUAAGAGACUCUUACUUGGGCUUUAAAUCAGCCAUUACACGUAUUCUAUUGUGCUGUCAUUGAUAGACAAGUGCCUGUUGUGAAACGGCCUGCAUGCAUGUACAUGUGAGAGCGGCAAUAUGUACAUUGCAUGUUGCGUUCGCGAGCAUCCAACACGUGCCGCGGACACGUGAAUAUUGUACAAUGUACAUGUAUAACUAUGGAAACAGAGAAAAAGAAGUUCCCUCAAAAGUUAUAUCAGAUGGAAAGAAUUGAUUGCAGAUUACCAUUUUCGACCCUAUGGUGACUAGAAUACAAACUUGACUAGCUGUAUAGGGCAUAUCAGUCACAUGCUCCUGUACUUUCUACUGCAGACAUGAAUGUACUACACAUUGUCAUGACAAAGAUAAGAUAAGAUAAGAUACGACAGAAUUGCUGUACAGACAUAUCAAUAAAACAUCUGAUAUGCAAUUACGUUGGCUGUGAAUAUAUAAUGUAUUUACCAAGGAAAACCUAUGAAGGAAGAAAGAGUAAAUGUUGGUAUUGAACCGAGGAUGAAUAAUUUAUAACAAUCAAUUUACCUGUUUGUCCAUUGGUACUCUUCCAAGAUGAGUUUUAUAAGUGAUGUACGAACGUUGGUGCAGUUCUCUGCUAAGGAACUGAGGAUUGUGACGUGCACAAAAAUGGAGUAUUUUGAAGACGACCUAUAUGAUUGUCUGGUCAAAAACAAGAAGAGCUCUGUUCUCGAGUAUCUGAAGCGCGGUUUAGAUCCUAACCAUGCUUUCAGGAGUGUUGAACGCCCAGAGAGAAUGGGUAAAACAAUGCUGGAAAUAGCUGUCCUGGAGGGUGUUACAGACAUUGUUAAGUUGCUCAUCGAUAGGAAGUGUGAUGUCAAUCUUAUGUAUAUUGUCAAUGUUAACCAAUUUUCUUACCAACUGGAGGAAUACCGAAAACCUGAGCGGUUAAAAAUGUCUUGCAUUUAUCGAUGCAUUGUACACUCGGAGCUUCAUUUAAUAAAACUGCUUGUAGGUGGCGGAUUUGAUGUUAAUAUCCACGAUGAACGGGGGUGUUCGGCCUUGUGGCAUGCCGUUGACCUUGAUGACUACCAGAUACUGAAGGCCAUGCUACUAACGAAAACGGCGGACGUUAAUAAAAAUGACAAUACUAGCAAACUGACACCUCUUCACAUCGCUGCUAUGAAAGGAAACGUAAAAAUGACGACGUUGCUUAUACAACGAGGUGCGGAAGUAGAUCGCGUCCAGCUACGUGGUUCUACUCCUUUAAUAUUGGCAUGUAGGUCGGGAAACUUUGAAACUGUGAGGGUAUUAUUACUUAAUGGUGCCAACCCUAAUCACACUGGAUUUAACGGACAUAAUGCUAUAUCAACUGCACUACAAUCAUCGACGGACACGCGCAUCCCAGAAAUAUUGCUUGUAUUUGGCGCCGUGGUUGAGUUAGAACUCAUGGAUAUUAUUAGAAAAGAAGGAAAGAAGUUUCUGCUUUUCAAGGAACACCCCGAGUUUUACGAAGUAUUGAAGGAGUGCGCUGCCGGGCCUCGGACACUGCGGACGCUAUGCUGCAUGACAGUCCGGCGGCGCCUGCUAGAAAACCGGAAACAGGUCCGCCUCGUGAAUAAGGUGGAGCUUCUUCCGCUGCCGCGCCUUAUCAAAGACUAUGUUUUGUACGGUCAUUAAAGCUGCACUCUUACAGAUUGACCGUUUUGACAACCUUUUUUUGUCUUGGAACGAAAUGCAUAGAAACCAGUGAUAUAAGGCUGCUGACAAAAAUCAGAUCGCAGGUUUUCAUAUUUAUGAUCAAAAUUUAUGUUUUAUGCAUUUUCUUUUUUUAAAAGCGUUAGUAACGCUUUUAGCCAUACAUUAUGAACGUUAAUAUGUAAAGGCUGCGAUCUUAUCUUUGUCAGCAGUCCUAUAUCACUGGUUUUCCGAUAUUUACGCCAAAAUUGGCUCAUUCCAAGACAAAAACAUCAAUAAACAAUUGUCAAAACGGUUAAUCGGUGGGAGUGCAGAUUUAAAGGGAUUUAUUCACAGAUUUGAUGUUGCCAACAACUGUUUUUGAAUAUAAUUUUAUAUUCAAAUUGAGUUUUGUUUACUCACUUUCAUAAAACUCCUUACAAUCAACUAACGCCUUUCUUCUAAGUAUUUCUUGUCAUAUGUAUAAAUGCCUGCUGAAAAUAGUACGUAUUUAAGCAUUUGGUGGCGUUAUAUCAGUAUUACAAGCAUUUUGUUCACAAUAUACAUACACUUUAUAUUUUCGAUGUCUGACCCUAUAAACCAGAACAGUCGUUAUCUAUAUUAUAUUGUUGGUUAUCCAUGUCGUUAUAUUUUUAUUUCUUUAACUUAAUGCAUUUAUGGAUACACAAAUGAAUGUUACUGUCUCCUUUAUGUAUGAGACUUUAAUUUUCCUAUCAUCUAGUCCUGAAAAAUUAAUCUUUUUGAUAUGCUGGUCAUAUUGGCUGUUAACUGACACUGUUUUGUAGUAUAUCAAAACUUAAUUCUUGGUGUAAAUGAUUCAUUUUUGUUCGUUAAAUCUUGAUUUGUUUUAUUUCAAUA